UUUCAUUUCUGGCCUAAAGUGUAUCAUUAAUAUUUCAUAUAGGAUGUGGCAUUGUCUUUUCACUAUGUUUAAUGUUAAAUAUACUUUUAAUGGACUAUUUUAUCAGUGUGCGCGCUCACACACACACACACACACACACACACACACAGACACACACAUAUACACACCACCUGUCGCAUCUGUCAUCUCUUUAAUUAGUUAUACAGUAUAUAAAGUGACAGUGUCUCAGAGACAGAAGAACAACACACACCAACACACACACACAGUACCUGUCUCCUGUUCAUAAUAAUCCCACAUAAAAUGAUACACACACACACACACACACACACACACACACACACACCCCUUUCCUGAAAGACUGCAAUCACCAAUCAUUGUCCUGCUUAGUCCAGAUCGCGGAGGAAAUCAUCACCAGUAAUUACUUUAUUGUGAGCACUGAUCUGUUUGUACAGCCCUCAGGGAAACUUCCACAUCCAAGUUACACACACUCACACACCUAAUAGCAUGUGUGUGUGUGUGUAUUCAGAGAUGGAACAUGAGAUAAACAGCUGUAUAAGAGACAGAGGCAGGAGCAGAGAGCCACACAGAGUGCUCAAGAUCUCUUUCUGUCUAACACUCUCUCUGAUAGUCACUGAUGUGUAAGGGGCUCUCCACCCUCCCCUCAUCAUGCCUGGAGAAGGCAAAGGAGAUGAAGGUGAAGCUAACACACCUGGCUGAGAAAUCAAACAAACACAGAGCCCAUGAGGAAAAAACUCCUCUUGAUCUCGAGUCUCUGCUCCACAGCAAGGCGGGUGUGCAGGCGUUCCACCGGUUCCUGGGCUCGGAGUUCAGUGAGGAGAACCUGGCCUUCUGGCUUGCCUGUAAUGAAUACAAGACCAUGCCUGAGACCAAACUGUCCUCUAAAGCCCAGAGCAUCUACACUCAGUUCAUCAACCCUGACGCCCCACAGGAGGUGAAUCUGGACAGUGAGACGCGUGAGGCGCUGAUGGACAGGAUGAACACGCCGGCUGCCGACAUGUUCGCCGAAGCUCAGCAGCGCAUCUUUACCCUGAUGGCCAAAGACUCGUUCCCUCGCUUCCUGCGCUCGCCUUACUGCCAGCACCCAGUCAGAGGGGCGUGAGCUGUGACAUCACACUCUCCCCGGGGGUUCUGGCAUGUCCACGCGCUGCCGCGAUUUAAAAAUAAGCUAGCAGUAAUAAAAGUGUGUUAACAUAGACGUUAGUUUACUUUAGUUAUGUCUCAAAUUGUGCACUUUUUAAUUAAUAAGUGAAUGAUGCACAAAAAAUACUGAAAUUUCUGAAAUCAGGUUUUAGGAGACACUUUUUGCAUCCCACUAUGUCACGUGGAAGGGCUGAGGACGUCAGAAUAAAGUAUGUCGCUACAGAUUUGGUAAAUUAAGAGCGGCCAUUUUGAGUUAUAAAAUAAGUGGUUGUUCCAAUGGAUUCUGUUUAAUUGUUACAAAGUAUUAGUGUACAAAAAUACUAUUAAUUCAGUAAUGUGCAGAGCACAGGUAUUUAGUACAUGGUGUGUGAUUUGAGACAUAGCCGUGCCGUAGCAGUUAGCAUAGCAUGAUCGCAUGCAUGUGUUUCACUACUGAGUGUAGCUGUAAGCUCUGUGUGUGUCACCAUGUUUAGCAUAAAAAGUCAUCAAAUUUAGCAAAUGCUGACGAGAAAUAAAUAUAACUGGGAAACUGAA